GACCAAAAUACACAGACAUUCCAUCCAUCCCAGAAAUCCAAUCACACAAAUGACCCAGACCCACGGAAUCAAGUAUUGUAUGGUUUGGAAGAACUUCUUGAGUGAGUGGCCGCAAGCCCAGGAGAUGAAAGGUGUGAGGAGGGGUACUGAGAUAGAGAGAAUCAUGUUGUCCGACAUAAUGAGAAUAGUCAGAUUCUAUGUUGCUUUUGGCUGA